CGUCUUUGUCUCGCACCUGGUUGGGCCAGAGCAAGUUCCUACAGCACGAAUUCUUCGCGAACGCAGAAAGAACAUGAAGACUAAUCUCCUUUCGUUUGCUAUCAUCAUCAUCAUCAUCAUUACUCUCGUAACUACUGGAAAAGAAUCUUAUUAUAACGUCUGUCCAACAUUGUCUCGUCUUCUCACCAUUCGUCCAGGAAAAACUAUCUGCGUUUACGGUCACGUACCUUGCGACUCCUGCAACUUUGAUAUCAAUCUCUACAAAAGUCCAGCAGGAGACAACAGCGAUGUCGCUCUCCACAUUGGCGUUCAAUUUGAUGCAAAGGCCGUUAUUUUAAACUCUAGGGAAAACGGAUGUUGGCGAAGGGUGAUAACAGCAGACACGUUUCCGUUUGAGAGUGGGAAUAAAUUUCUGCUCACCAUCACAACGACAAAUAGAACUUACGACAUCAAAGUGAACGGAACGCUUUUACAUUCUUUUGUCCACCGGUUGCCGAAACAAUGUGUGAAACGCUUUGGUAUCAAUCACGCUUUAUGCAUUGGAAACCUAACUGCGGCUGCGGAUGUAAGCUACUGUACAGUUAGUAGAGAAGUGUUUGCAUGUAGAGAUUCGCGUGUGUACAAUGUGUUAGUGUUUCGUGGAUUUCCUACUCACUAG